AUGUUCAAAGGUCUAAGAAAGAAGGCUUCUAUACUCUCAAUAUACUCAGUUUCAUCUAACCUGAGUAUAGGUUCGUCGGCAGAAGCCUUUUCCGAAGCCAAUGCGAUCUCAAACUAUGAGAAAAUUAUUAGUCAAGUGCAUGAUUUUGAAAUUGCCCUAAAAGCAAUGGAUUAUUUACUAGAUGAUCGCACAAAACAGGGCACGGACCUUUUAUUGGAGGAGUCAAAGAAUAUUUCAGUAAAUGGAAGUCCGCGUGCAAUUUUCCCAUUGGCGUUGGGUGUCAUGGAGUUUAUCGAAGCAACAUUGGGGUUUGAGCCGGAAAUAAUGGCAAAAGCACACAAGACCCUAACAGACGCAGAGAAUGCAUCGGCAAACAAUGCAAAAUACAAUGUGCGAUCAAGAUUGACUACAUCAAAUAUAUACCCCCCAGGAACAGAGUUUCAAGUUACUUUGGCUGAAUCAACAUUGCUAAAUGCCUUGUUGAUGUUAUUAACGGAAAGCAAUGGGGUGGUGGAAAGUGCAAAAGCUUUGUUCAAAUUAAGAAAAGCGUAUCAAACUUUGGAUGCAGUUUACAAGAAGAUUCAAGAGCUGGAACCUGCUUUCAAUAGGAACUUGGCAAAGUUGCGAAAAAUGGCUUCCAAAAAUUCCGCAAACUCUCCUAAUAUGCCCGAGUUAGGUGUGUUUUCAGGUAGUACCGUUGAUUUACCCGGUUACGAGUCACAAAAUAGCUCCAGCAGUACCUUACCAGAAGAUUUAAAAUUAAUCAAAAAUUUGGAAAAGAUUUUCCUUAUGCGUAAAACAAGAAUAGAGGGGUCCAACUUGGGCAAUAUCGAGAAUGCAAAUCUUUUUGCUGAUCUGGAAAGCUCAAUUAGUCUGAGUACAAAAAUAAAUGGUAAUGGUAAUGGUGUUGGUGUUGGUGUUGGUGUUGGUGUUGGUGUUGGUGGUGGCAAAGAUAAUUGUGAUUUUUCAAUCCUUCCUGAAGUGGAAUCCGACGACGAGAAUUUUGUAGACGCAGUGGAAAAUUUAACUAUUGAGGAACCUCAAAACUCGCUCAUUGAGUCAAGUGCACAAUCAGUUUUAUCAUCCAUGGAAACAUCUCCAAGCGAAGCUCAAAGCACAGAUACUCACUUGCAUGUUUCAACGACUGACGAAUUUAUACACUCGGGAGUGCAAUUGUGUUUUGGAAUACUACAAGUUGUUUUAUCAUUGAUCCCUCCAGCCAUUGGAAAAGUUUUGUCAAUAGUAGGAUUCAAGGGGGACAGAGAAACAGGGCUUAGGCUUUUAUGGAAGACUGCAAUCACUUCGAGAAACAUACACGGCGAGUUGGCACUUUUAUUCUUAUUGGUGUUUUAUGAUGGACCAGUACAGUUUGUUGACACCGGCUUCCGUUUACCCAACACAAAUGAAGAGCAAGGUGUUAUUUCUCUUGAGAAAAAGGCCACAGUAAGUGAUGCAGAAUUGGCUCAAAUCAUGGAUAGACCAGAGUCAUAUACUAGCCAGUUGUUGAAAAGAGCUCGCCGUCACUUUCCUCAUAAUGCUCUUUGGAUACUACAAGAAGGCCGCAUGUUGGCAGCAGAAGGAAACCUCAGCAAGGCAAGUUCUUUAAUGCAAGAUUUCACUGACGAUCCAAAAAACAAGAUACAAAUGCAACAAAUCGAAGCUUUAUUGAUUUUCGAUCGAGCAACAAUCUACAUAUAUAUGCACGAGUACGACAAGGCCGCCAGUGACUUGAUAUAUUUGAUAGAGAUCAACUCUUGGUCCAAGGCAGUGUAUCUAUUCAUGGCUGCUGCAUGUUACCUUGAAAAGUACAGAAUGGUGAAAAUGCACUUGGUAAAGUGUGACGACUAUGAUGAAGCUGCCACAAAGUACUCCGACUUGUUUACCAAGUAUUUGAAACUUUCAUUGAGCUAUGUACCAGGCUAUGGUCCCAAUGCUCAAAAAAAGGGAGGUUUGGGAGGAAGCGGGAAACAAAUGCCCUUUGAUAAAUUUUUGUUACGAAAAUGGAAACAUAUCGAAGCCAGGAAGAAGCAACCGCAGCAUCACGGGUUAUCAUAUGCCGAUGUUGUUGGAACUUCAUUAAUUCAUGAACUAAACUAUUUCUGGAAUGGUUAUAAUAGAAUGAGCCCCGAGGAUUUUAAGUUAGCUUUAAAGCUAUUAGGAUAUUCAGGAGCUCCAAAUACAGAAUUGUCCGCAAAUACUCUUGACCAUUCAUAUACCAAAGUCGAAGAGACUAAAGAUGAAGCAAUGAUUAGAUAUUUCUUACAAUCGGUUGCUUUACGUGAACUAGGUGAAGUCAAAAGGGGGUUGAACAUCUUAGAUGAGCAUGUUAUUUCCAAGUUUGUUAUUUCAGAAAGUCCAGUAUUCAGAUUUCACAAAAUGACAUAUAGUCCCUAUCUUUAUCCUACAGCUUUCUACGAAAAAACCAUGUUUGUUUGGAAACUUGGUACUAUGACAAAGUCUAAGCUAGAUGUAAGUUCUGCUGUUGCAGAAAGUAAAUCUUGGUUGAAGAAAGCUGAAAUAGUCGGAGAGGGUGAUUACGAAUUGAGCAAUAGAACUAGCAUGAAAAUCAAAGCUGCAGGUGACAGGCUAGACCAGUUAAAACGAGCAUAA